AUGAUAAAUGACGGAGACCCUCUGGGGAAGUCCGUCUCCCUCUUCUCCCAGCUUACCGGCUGGCUCACUUCGUCAGUGCUCUCUCAUUUCCCAAUGCCCUCGCUGUCGUCGCUCGUCGGCGUCUCCGCCGGUUUGGCCAGCCUUGCCGCCGGCCAGUAUUUCCCUCCCUCUCCCGAAGAUGUCAGAGUCAUCCAUUCAAAGCAUCAAGAAGGUGUGACCAUUUCAUACAAAGAGCCUGGAAUCUGUGAGACGACGCCCGGCGUGAGAUCUUACUCGGGCUAUGUGCAUCUUCCUCCGGGGACCCUCAAUGACCUGGGAUUGGAUCAGGAGUACCCAAUUAAUACAUUCUUCUGGUUUUUCGAGUCCCGAAACGAUCCUAAGAAUGCGCCACUGUCGAUUUGGAUGAAUGGCGGCCCGGGCAGUUCUUCUAUGAUUGGCCUCAUGCAGGAAAAUGGUCCGUGCCGCGUCAAUGGCGAUUCGAACUCAACCGAGCUGAACCCAUGGUCGUGGAAUAAUCACGUUAAUAUGCUUUAUAUCGACCAGCCGAGUCAGGUUGGGUUUAGCUAUGAUGUGCCAACUAACGGGACAUAUGACCAGCUGACGGGCAUUCGUGAUGUCACGCCGUUUUUGACUGUGCCAGAGCAGAACAAUACGUUCUACGUUGGUACUUUCCCCAGUUUGAAUGCCUCUACUUCCGCGAACACCACCGAGAACGCUGCCCGCGCACUCUGGCAUUUCGCCCAGACCUGGUUUGAGGAGUUCCCCGCGUACAAGCCUCAUGAUGAUCGAGUCAGUAUCUGGACUGAAUCUUAUGGAGGCCGAUAUGGCCCAGCCUUCACUGCGUUCUUCCAGGAGCAGAAUGAGAAGAUCGCAAAUGGCUCGUUGAACACGCCUGGCGCAUCACACUACAUUCACCUGGACACCCUCGGAAUCAUCAACGGCUGCGUUGACCUGCUCGUGCAGGCACCGUCAUAUCCUGAAAUGGCUUAUAACAACACCUACGGGAUUGAAGCCAUCAAUGCGACUGUGUACGAGGCUGCGAUGGAAGCGUGGAGCAAGCCUGGUGGCUGUAAGGAUUUGAUUAGCGAAUGUCGCCGUCUUGCGUCCGAAGGAGACCCGCACAUGUACGGGAACAACGAGACGGUCAAUGGUGCUUGUCGCAAGGCUGAUAUUUACUGCGGUAAUAAUGUUGAGGGACCGUACAUUUUGUUCUCUGGACGUGGCUACUACGAUAUCUCCCAUUUUGACCCCGAUCCAUUCCCUCCACCAUACUACCUAGGCUACCUGAGCCAACACUGGGUUCAAGAUGCCCUCGGUGUCCCAAUCAAUUUUACCGAGUCCGUUGACAGCGUGUACACUGGAUUCUCAAGCACUGGCGACUACCCACGCUCCGACGUCCAUGGGUACCUCGAGGAUCUUGCAUACGUGCUCGACUCAGGUAUCAAGGUAGCCCUUGUCUACGGCGACCGCGACUACGCUUGCCCCUGGAACGGCGGCGAGGAAGUGAGUCUGCAGGUCGACUACAGCGAUGCGGCUGAGUUCCGCGCAGCGGGAUACGCACCAUUACAUACGAACGCCUCGUACGUCGGUGGGCUGGUACGCCAGCAUGGAAACUUCUCCUUUACCAGGGUCUUCGAAGCCGGACAUGAAGUCCCUGCUUACCAACCCGAGACAGCGUAUGAGAUUUUCCAACGUGCGAUGUUCAACCGAGACAUCUCAACAGGAAAUGUCUCAACAGCCAAGAAUGGCACAUAUUCCACCACGGGUCCAUCUUCGACGUUUAAUGUCACGAACGCCGUCCCUGAUAGCCCUGCGCCCACCUGCUAUAUUCUUUCGCUUGGUUCUUAUUGCACAGUGGAGCAGAUUGAGAGCGUUGUUGAUGGGACUGCUUUGAUCAAAGACUACAUUGUGGUCGACCAACCGUCUUCUUGA